AUGCCGCAUGGCGAAGGAGUUGUACCCGAAGGCUUGGAGGCUGGAUAUCCUGGACAGAGCCCAGGAACGCAUUGGUGGGAUGAUCGUCGCGUUAGUUGCAUCUUCCUUUUGACGUCGCUCGAGUGCCGUCACUUGCAGCCAUGGAAGGAUCAGGGACUUCUGACGUGGGGGGGUGACAAUAUGGAGCCCAAGAAAAAAGGCGGGAAGCAACAGAGAGACAUGGAUGAGAUGUUGAGGUGGACACCGGCUGAUGAUGAUGUUCGCAGGAAGAGCCAUGCUCAGGGACAAUUACUUACUCUCUGCGGGGCACCUUUGCGUGCUGAGCUAGUGAGUCUGCUGUCUAGUAGCAGUAGCCAGCCAGGAUGGUGCCGGAGGAGGAGGAAGUACAGGAGGGGGUAUGUGAGUUUCUGGAGUAUGUAUGGAGUGAGCCAGCAAGUGGAAGCAUGUCUGCCACCAAUUUACUUACUGGGGACCAACACCCCAAUGACUGCCGGUGACCGACCGCCAAACUCGGCAAGAACAAAUGGAAAGGAUGGGAGAGCUUCGGGGUCUCCGUCGAUCUUCCCUCGUCAUCUGGCCUGA